AUGAAGCGUGCGCGGAGUUGCGGGGAUCUCGUCUACCGCCCCGGAGAAGAGCAGCGCUCAAUGAUAAAUCGCUGGGUGCAGCAGUUAAUUUUGGCCGGGUUUCAGGCUGGGGUUUGUCGGCUUCCCACAAAGCAGAGGCGAGGCGGGUCUGUUUGUUGUGAUCAGCCAGGAGCAGAGGUGCAGAAGUCCCAAACCAGUUCAGAUGUUGCUGUUCCCUCAAGCUGCAGGUCUAUGGAAAUGCAGGAUCUAGCCAGCCCACAUAGCCGACUAAGUGGUAGUAGUGAAUCCCCCAGUGGUCCAAAACUUGAUAACUCUCAUAUAAAUAAUAAUUCUAUGACACCCAAUGGCACAGAAGGUGACAUGACCCUCCUCAGCACUGCAGACUGGUUGCUAAGCCCUAGCACACAGACCCCUGCAGUUAAAACAGAACCAAUGAGCAGCAGUGAGAUUGCUACUACUACUACCACAGACGGGUCUUUAGACAAUUUCUCAGGAUCAGCAAUUGGAAGCAGUGGUUUCAGCCCAAGACAAACACACCAGUUCUCCCCACCACAGAUUUACCCUUCCAACAGACCAUACCCACAUAUUCUUCCUACCCCCUCAUCACAAACGAUGGCUGCGUAUGGGCAGACACAGUUUACGACAGGGAUGCAACAAGCUACAGCUUAUGCCACUUAUCCCCAGCCUGGCCAACCCUAUGGAAUCCCUUCAUAUGGUGCAUUGUGGGCAGGCAUCAAGACAGAAGGUGGAUUGGCACAGUCACAGUCACCUGGACAAACAGGAUUUCUAAGCUACGGUGCCAGCUUUAGCACACCUCAGCCUGGACAGGCUCCCUAUAGCUACCAGAUGCAAGGCAGCAGUUUUACAACAUCAUCAGGAAUAUAUGCAGGAAAUAAUUCACUCACAAAUUCUACUGGAUUUAAUAGUUCACAGCAGGAAUAUCCCUCUUAUCCCAGUUUUGGCCAGGGCCAAUAUGCACAGUAUUAUAAUAGCUCACCGUAUCCUUCACAUUACAUGACAAACAGCAAUACCAGCCCAACAACACCCUCCACGAAUGCAACAUACCAGCUUCAAGAACCACCAUCUGGCAUCACCAGUCAAGCAGUUACAGAUCCUGCAGCAGCAGAAUACAGUACAAUCCACAGUCCAUCAACACCCAUUAAAGAUUCUGAUUCAGAUAGAUUGCGUCGUAGUUCAGAUGGGAAAUCACGUGGACGUGGCAGAAGAAACAAUAAUCCUUCACCUCCACCUGACUCUGAUCUAGAGAGAGUAUUCAUUUGGGAUUUGGAUGAGACAAUCAUCAUUUUCCAUUCCUUGCUUACAGGGUCCUAUGCCAACAGAUAUGGAAGGGAUCCACCCACGUCUGUGUCUCUUGGACUCCGAAUGGAAGAGAUGAUUUUCAAUUUAGCAGACACACACUUAUUCUUUAACGAUUUAGAAGAAUGCGACCAGGUUCACAUUGAUGACGUGUCUUCAGAUGACAACGGUCAAGAUUUAAGCACCUAUAACUUCGGAACAGACGGCUUUCCUGCAGCUGCCACCAGUGCAAAUUUGUGCCUCGCAACAGGUGUGCGUGGAGGAGUGGACUGGAUGCGAAAACUGGCUUUCCGCUACAGACGAGUAAAAGAAAUAUAUAAUACCUACAAAAAUAAUGUUGGAGGUCUUCUUGGUCCAGCAAAAAGAGAGGCUUGGUUACAGCUAAGAGCAGAAAUUGAAGCUUUGACGGAUUCUUGGUUAACACUUGCACUGAAAGCACUCACCCUUAUUCAUUCAAGGACAAAUUGCGUGAACAUUCUUGUAACAACUACUCAGCUAAUUCCAGCUCUGGCGAAAGUCUUGUUGUAUGGACUAGGGGUUGUAUUUCCCAUAGAGAAUAUUUACAGUGCAACUAAAAUAGGAAAAGAAAGUUGUUUUGAGCGAAUAAUUCAAAGAUUUGGAAGAAAAGUAGUGUAUGUUGUUAUUGGAGAUGGUGUCGAAGAAGAACAAGGUGCAAAAAAG